AAAGUUCUUGCAAAACGUAAACAGGAAGCACAUUUGUGUCAAAGCCCCUUUAAGGAAAGUCUCCGCGCUCGGCGGCCAUAUUUGCAGCCAUUGCAGUCAUAUAAGACCCAAGUCCUAUCACCUUGAAUGGGGGAAUACAGAUAUCUCUUAAAUCGCGAGUGUCCGUAGGUCAUCCGGGUCCGGCUCCAGCAGCUGGUCAUUGGGCUCAUCUCCAUAUCUUGGAGCACAGAUACCCCGUCAGGGUAACUCUUAUUUUGGCUUUGCUAACAUGUCAGCGGUCGGGGUCCCCAUCAAAGCUGUGUCCGUUAACAGGAGUCUUCUAACCCCGGUGGAUUUUCAGCUGGACCCAACACUACAGUCUGUGAGAAUCCAGGAGAAAGAACAGAUCAAAUCUCUCAACAACCAAUUUGCCUCUUUUAUCGACAGGGUGUGUAAACUGGAGCAAGAGAACAAGAUGCUGGAGACUAAAUGGCAGCUGCUGCAGAGCAGGUCUAAGCCUGAUUCUAAACUGGAGCACAUGCUGAAGUCUUACAUCAGUACCUUAAGGGCACAGCUGGACCGCGUGAACAAAGACAAAGAACACCUGGAUGUAGACCUCAAGAAUGUUCACGUGCAGGUGGUGGAACAAAAGAAAAGGUAUGAAGAUGAGAUCAACAAUCGGAACAGAGCCGAAAGCGAGUUUGUUCUUCUGAAGAAGGAGGUUGACUCAACUUACUUGUAUAAAGUUGCCCUGGAAGAUAAAAUUGCGGGAAUCCUGGAGGAACUGAACUUUCUAAAGAGCUUCAAUGAGGAGGAGCUACGUGAACUUCAGGAUGAGAUACAGGACACGUCUGUCGUGGUGCAGAUGGACAACCGCAGACAGCUCAACAUGGAGAAGAUCAUUGCUGAUGUGAGGAGCCAGUAUGAAGAAAUAUCAGCGCGCAGCCGUCAAGAAGCUGAGAACUGGUAUAAGAACAAGUUUGAACUCAUCUCCUCACAAGCCGACCAGAACAACAGUGAACUGAGAAACAAUAAAAGCACAAUCGCUGACUUGAGAAGACAGGUCACGCGACUGCAAAGUGAGAUAAACUCGGUUACAUCACAGCGUGGCAGCGUUGAGGGGCACAUCAAAGAGGUGGAGCGCAGCGUUGAGGAGGCAGUGCUUGAUGCUAAACAGCGAAACAAAAACCUGCAGGAUGCGCUGCAGAAAGCCAAACACGAUAUGGCCAAACAGAUUCGCAGCUACCAGGAUCUGAUGAAUGUCAAAGUGGCUCUGGAUAUAGAGAUCGCCACCUACAAGAAACUACUGGAGGGAGAAGAGAACAGGUUGGAAUCCAGUAUAAACAUACUUCCAGUCCAUAAACGCUCAGCAAUAGCAAGAUUCUGGCAAGAUUCUUCAUAAUACAAACUUUUUGCAUCUUUAGUCAUUGCUGUGAGAAGACAGCAGUGCUGAUUAAAUAACAGAGAAGAAGAAAAAGAGAAGAUAUUUGCAUAAUAUAUAAAAAUGCAUAAAAAUGUAAAAAAAACCUCACUUUCCUACACCCAUAAAUAAACAUGUUUGUUUGCUUGCUGGUAUUUUACUACUACACUGUUAUUUACUCUAACCACAGGCCUUUCCUAAGAAUGACAAUUACAGUUCUCAAGAAGAUCUGUCGCUGGAAGCCUAGCAGCUUUAAUCACUACAUAGUUACACAGUGUUUUUUGUAAUCCUGUCCUGAGGGAAGAUAAACAGGUUUGUUAAGAUUCCACAGGAAAUAACUAAUGGGAAUAAAACCCACUCGAGACCUUUGGACAGAAUUGCACAGAGACAACUGUCAGAAAACAAAACUAAAGAAAAAAACAUAAUGUAUUUAUCUGGCACCAAUUAAAUCAUUGGCAUCGUUUUAAUGUCAAUUGUCAGACUGUGUAACACACCCACUGCGAAUGCAAUAAAUAAAAGGUAUGACGUCAAUCUGUUACUAGAGGGCG